UACUUCAGCAUUAGAUUAAAUUUGAAAGGUGAUACGUUGUGAAACAUGUCAUAAAAAUUAUAGUUCUAUAAAUCGAGAUCUAUGCAUGAUAGCUUUGAAAUAUGGAUCAGUGGAUGAGCGAUGGUGGUGGAGGGACAUGGAAAUGGAAUUGGACAGAAUUAUGUGGUAGCCGUAGUGGUAUUAGACCGUUGAGUCCAGACACGCAUGAUCUUAAUAUUUGUUUUCAACAGCUUUGUCUUCAGGUUCCAGUUUUAGUCUGUAUUGCAUUAAUAUCUGCAUAUUAUUGUGGGAAAAGAAAUACCUAUUCUAUUCAUCACUCUGGCUCUAAUUAUAUUAUAAAUUUAAGAGCUUUUUUUACAGUGUGCCUUGCAAUCCUUCCAAUAAUUAGAGCAUAUAUUAUUCUCACUAAUACAGUUCUUGCUCCGCAAAGUGUCACAACGUUCAAUGAUGAUUCCGCUAGGCUUGAAUCUACAGUGACACCGUAUCAAAGUUUAGAUAUAUCUACAGAUGCAUCAGAUAUAAUACAUCAGAUAAAAGAUGGAUUUGAUCGUUCCAUUAAUUUUACAAAAUCAAUUUUGUUUCCAAAAGACAUUAUGCAAAGUAUUACUGAGCCUUCUAUUGCUACUUCUACGCAGAAUUAUAAUUCAGUAUUCAAUGAAGUCAAAGAUAACACUACGUCUGCCAAACCUAUUGAUUACCUAGUAGCAGGUACUGAAGGAUUAGCAUGGGUUGUUCAUGUUUGUUUCAUAUUAAGUUUAAAAAAAGGAAGGAAUAUUAAUCCUAGAGGCCCUGUAUUAAUUCGAGCAUUGGUGUUUUUGUUAAUUGUUAUUUCUAUAUUACUGCUGAGGAGUCACAUUAAAUAUGAUGCACAAGAUGAUGUUUUACCCAAUUUGUCAUUGGGAUUCAGUAUCAGUGUAGUUACCCUAUUAAUACUGUAUGCCAUAACACUGAUACCAGGUCAGAGCAGUUUACGAGAUAUGAGAUCAUCUCAGUUUAAUGAAAUAGGAGAACGGACUGCACUGUUGAGUACACCCAAUUCUUCUUAUGUGAGAUUUCCUGAUGAUCAAGACCCAACUUACCUUGGGACUGCUAUGGAGGAAGCUACAAUAACAUCCAAACUGAUAUUUCAUUGGGUAAAUCCAAUGAUGGAAAAAGGUGUUCGCGGCUUAUUAAAUCACUCGGAUGAUUUAUUCGAUUUGCCAGAAUAUAUCAGUACUAACUAUAUUAGCCAGAAGAUCAAUAACCACUUUCAAACUAUGUCGAACUAUGUAGAUAGUAGAACGGAAAACGCUGAAAAUACAAUGUUGGAAACACAUAUACAUGUUAUUAGAAACAAGAUGACUUUAUUCUAUUUGUUACACAAAUGCUUUGGUUGUGAAUUUUAUUUAGUUGGAAUCUUAAAGUUUAUGAGUAACUGUGCUACGUUCACGGGACCACUAUUGUUAAAUAGAUUAAUUGGUUUCAUAGAAGAUAAAGAUGAACCUAUUUUGAAUGGAUAUUUAUAUGCAUCAUUACUGUUUAUUACUUCUUUAAUAGGGGCCUUUUGUAAUACUCAUUUUACAUUUUGGAUGUCUAUUGUUGGUUUAAAAAUUCGUUCUGCAAUCAUAACUUUGUUGUACAGGAAGACCUUGCAUUCUUCAGGUAUUCACUUGAGACAGCAAUUUAAUUUUGGUGAAAUUAUUAAUUUUAUGAGUACUGACUGUGACAGACUUGUUAACAGUUGUUCAAGUUUUCAUGAAUUUUGGAGUAUUCCAUUACAGCUAGUUGUGACACUAUAUUUGCUUCAACAGCAAAUAGGGAUUUCAUUCUUAGCAGGGGUUACUUUUGCAAUAGUGCUUAUACCAAUAAAUAAAGUGAUAGCAAAUUAUAUCGGAAAACUUAGUACAAGGUUAAUGGAACGUAAAGAUCAAAGAGUGAGACUUAUAGGAGAAACGUUACGAGGAAUUACUACGAUUAAAUUAAACGUUUGGGAGGACCACUUUUUACGAAAUAUUUUUAAAUUAAGAGAGAAUGAAAUUAAAUAUUUACGCGGUAGAAAAUAUCUGGAUGCAUUGUGCGUUUAUUUUUGGGCUACAACACCAGUAUUGAUUUCUAUAUUAACAUUUACUACAUAUGUACUGCUUGGGAAUGAACUGGAUGCUAAAACCGUGUUUACUAGUAUGGCAUUAUUGAAUAUGCUAAUAGGUCCAUUGAAUGCAUUUCCAUGGGUUCUAAAUGGUCUUACCGAAGCUUGGGUAUCACUUAAAAGGAUUCAAAAAAUGUUAGAUUUACCAGAUACAGAUAUGUCAUCAUAUUAUUCAGAAACUGUACCUGACCUAGAUUUAAUGCUUCAAAAUGUAACAUUUAAUGUGAACACGCAGUCGUGUACGAAACAAAAUGGUCUUGAGACGCCUGAAAAUGUUUUAACUCCUUCUAGUUCAGAAUCUAAAUCUGUUACGUUUGAGGACAAUAAAAUAUUUACUAUACACGACAUUAAUGUCACAGUUCCAAAGGGUCAUUUAAUUGGUAUUAUGGGAAAAGUAGGUAGCGGAAAAUCGCUACUUUUAGACGGCAUUUUAGGUGAAAUUACUAAAGUUCGCGGUACAAUAUCUAUGAGUGACGUUGAAAAGGGUUUCGCUUAUAUCAAACAAAAUCCUUGGUUACAACGUGGUACCAUCCGAGAUAACAUACUUUUCGGUAAAUCUUACGACUACCACAAAUAUAAGAAUAUUUUGAAAGCCUGUGCGCUGAGUGCCGAUUUAAAUGCUUUACCCAAGAAAGAUUUGACGCCUGUUGGCGAGGCCGGCAACACUUUGAGUGGCGGUCAAAAAACACGAAUUUCUUUAGCACGAGCUGUGUACGCGGACAAAGAUAUUUAUCUACUCGACGAUAUUUUCGCGACAUUAGACUCGAAAGUUGCUACCUACGUAUUUGAGCAUGUGAUCUUAGGGUUAUUAAAAAACAAAACGAGAUUGCUAUGUACUCACCAAACCCAAUAUUUGAUUCAUGCGGAUUUGGUGGUGGAAAUGGCUAGAGGCAGGAUCGUUAAUCAGGGUAAACCUACGGAUAUUUUGCCCGACCUAGAAGACUAUUUAUUAUCUUCAGAGUCUAUAGAAUCAGAUUUGGACAUUAUGUCUGUAAGUGACUUGCCAAAAGAUAUUUAUCAAAGUGACAGGGACGAGAGAGACCCCUUGCUUGAAGAAGAAUUCAGAGAAAAAGGGACUGUGCGUCUUGGCGUAUACAAUUGUUACAUAAAAGCUGUUGGUCGUUAUUUAGCAAUUUCGAUAGCUCUUUCCAUGUUUUUAAUGCAAAGUUCUAAGAAUAUUACCGAUUUGUGGCUGUCUUACUGGGUUACUCAUACCAACACGACAGCGAAUAAUACUACGAACAAAUCACAUACAGUACAUCUACAAUACUUCUUCGACGAGUCUACUCCGAGCACUAGUUACUAUUUAACGAUAUAUACUGUGUUAGUUGUUUUGAACACAGUUUUCACGUUAAUGAGAGCAUUUAUGUUUGCGUAUGGCGGAAUUCAAGCAGCCAUCACUAUACACAAACAACUAUUAAAGACUGUUAUACGGGCUAAAUCCGUGUUUUUUGAAGUUCAACCAUUUGGCAGAAUUUUAAAUAGAUUCUCGUCCGAUACCUACACGAUCGACGACAGUCUUCCUUUUAUAGCCAACAUAUUAUUCGCACAACUCUUUGGUUUGCUUGCAUCAGUUAUUGUCACAACGUACGGAUUACCGUGGAUACUUUUAGUACUAGCUCCGCUGGUACCAAUUUAUCAUUGGAUACAAAAUCACUACAGGCUGACUUCAAGAGAAUUGAAGCGCUUAUCUAGUACCGCUCUUUCACCGUUAUACGCACACUUCAACGAAACUUUGCACGGAUUAUCGACCAUCAGAGCUUUUCGUACUGUGCCUCGUUUCAAGCAAGAAAACGAACUUCUGCUGGAAGUCAGUCAAAAAACGCAAUUUGCAUCAUUCGCCGUCAGCCAAUGGCUUGCAUUAAGGUUGCAACUCAUUGGAGUGGCACUUUUAGCUGGAGUGAGCACCAUAGCAAUUUUACAGCAUCAGUAUGACAUAGCUGAUCCUGGCUUGAUAGGUCUUGUCGUUACUUAUACGUUAUCCAUAACUGGUUUAUUGUCCGGCGUGGUGAACGCGUUUACCGAGACAGAAAGGGAAAUGAUCGCCGUCGAACGCGUGAAGCAAUAUUUAGAGAACGUUCCAGUGGAAACUAUAAAAGGAGAUAAUCCACCGUAUGCUUGGCCAAGUCAGGGAGUAGUUGAGUUCAAAGACGUCGUUUUAAAAUACAGGGAACAUUUGGUGCCAUCUCUGAACGGCGUAUCGUUCGUCACGCGACCAGCAGAGAAGAUUGGAAUCGUUGGGCGUACAGGUGCUGGAAAAAGUUCGCUCUUCGCUUCGUUAUUUAGACUGAUUGAAGUGACUACCGGAAGUAUACUCAUCGAUAAUGUUAAUAUUCAAACUCUGCAGCUGAACGCGUUGAGAUCACGGUUAGCCAUUAUCCCCCAAAAUCCGUUCCUCUUUUCGGGAACAAUUAGGGAAAAUCUUGAUCCUUUAAAUCAGUAUGCAGAUUUGCACAUAUACAGAGCGCUGGAGAAGUGUAAAGUACACACGUUAGUAUAUCGGCUGGGGGGACUUGGAGCUACUUUGGACGAAAGUGGUAGCAAUCUUAGCGCAGGACAGAGGCAAUUGUUUUGCCUGGUUAGAGCUGUUUUACAUAAUGCCAAGAUUGUUUGUAUCGACGAAGCUACGGCCAACGUCGAUCAAGAAACAGACAAAUUUAUUCAGACGACGAUAAAGUCUUCCUUCCAGAGCGCCACGGUUCUCACUAUAGCGCAUAGAAUAAGGACGAUCAUGCACUGUGAUAGAAUUCUCGUAAUGGGAGACGGUGAGGUUCUAGAGUUCGACGAACCUAACUUGUUGAUCCAAAACACCGAUUCCUACUUUUAUCAAUUAGCGUGUCAAGAAUUUACGAAUACGGAAUAAUUUCAUAGUAUAAGGAAACUACAUUAUAAAUCAUGAUUAUUUUCAUAUGAAACUAGAACUGUAUUUUAAUAAGAAUAUAAAUAACGCGAUCAUUUGCUAAAGAUUUUAUGUGAUUCAAGUCCUAAACUAUUAGUAAUUUAUUUUACAGUUAAGUUAUAGUGUACUGAUCAACGCUACCUCUAUGUAAGGUCUCUAUGUCGGUAAUACACGUAAUAAUUCGUCGAAA